AUGGCACACUCUGAAUCUGCUUUGCCCUUGAAAAAUCUACAAGGCAAAGUUGCCAUUGUCACAGGUGGUGCAAGUGGUAUUGGUGAGGCCACUGCUCGUCUUUUCGCCUAUCAUGGUGUAAGGGCGGUUGUGAUUGCCGAUGUGCAAGACGAUAAAGGUCAUAUCGUGGCUGAAUCCAUAGGUGCUGAGCAGUGUAGCUACGUGCACUGCGACGUUAGUGAUGAAAAACAAGUGAAGGCCAUGGUUGAUUUUACAGUCGAAAAAUAUGGUCAACUUGAUAUCAUGUUUAGUAAUGCUGGAAUGCCAAGUAAAUCAGAACAAACAAUACUUGAUUUCAAUUUUUCACAAUUUGAGACCUUGUUCGGCGUCAAUGUAUUCGGUACGGCAGCAUGUGUGAAGCAGGCAGCUCGUGCUAUGGUGGAAAAAGGCGUCAAGGGAACUAUUGUGUGUACUGCUAGUGUGGUUGCCACCAAUUGCAAGGGGGGUACGAAUAUGACCGACUAUGUCAUGUCAAAGCACGCUAUUUUGGGUCUGGUCCGAGCAGCUAGCCAGCAGCUUGGUGUACAUGGAAUUAGAGUUAACUGUGUUUCACCAUCCGCAAUCGCAACUGGAAUGGCAGCAAAAACUGGGUUAACAAGCGAGGGAGUUCAAAUGGCAUUCGGGCCUUUCACACCCUUGAAAGGAAUUGCACUAACAGUUAACCAUAUAGCAGAUGCCGUAUUGUUCCUUGCAUCAAACAAUUCGGCAUUUGUUACUGGGCAUGACUUGGUCGUGGAUGGUGGAUUGAUCAGCCUUCCUCAUUUAAUGAUUAAUGAAAACUGA